UAUUUCUUUUUCGCUCUAUCCAACCGGUAGUUGAACAAGAAAGAAGAAACGCAUCCACCUCCCUCCCUUCCUUCCCUCCCUCCUUGCUUUUCUCUAUAUUCGAUUCUCCCCACCUUUUCUCUCUCUCAAUCCAUCUAUCAAUCUCUCCUCAUGUUCCUUUCUUCAAUCAACAAAACCCUAACCAAUUCUCUCCCAUACUCCAUUCGACCGAAAGAUUAGGGUUUCGCUUUACGAAUUGGUCGAUUGAUUCCACAAUCAGUUGAAAACAGCGAGCUUUUCUUUCCCUAAAGAACAGAAAGCUCGCCAAUCAUGUCAAGGCGAUCCCCAUUUUCUCUUUUUGUUCUCCUAACCCUCAUAAUCACCCUCAAUUUCCCACCUGCCGUCCGAUCGGACGAGAAUUUAAUCCGAUUACCCUCCGAUGAUGGAGAGCUCUGUCCUGGAACGGUGGACCCUGGUUCUUGCCCGGUCAAGUGCUUUCGGACCGAUCCAGUUUGCGGUGUCGACGGCGUCACCUACUGGUGUGGCUGCGCCGACGCUAUCUGUGCCGGUACACGCGUGGCGAAGCUAGGGUAUUGCGAAAUUGGGAAUGGUGGUGGUGGUCAGGCGCUGUUGUUGGUUCACAUUGUUUGGCUCAUUUUGCUUGGCUUCAUCGUUUUGUUCGGGCUUCUUUGAUCGAGUUCUUCUCUCUCGGCUCAUUGAUUUAAUGAUUCAUUUUGUCUUGGAGGUUCUUAUAUUUGAUACGAUUUCCUUUAUUUAUGUGUAUGGUUUUGUGUAUCAUUGUGUAUUGGAGAGAGAAUUUAUGGACUAAUUGUUACUUUUAUUCUUUUUUCACUGAUCAUUACGAAAUUGUUCUUUCCAUUAUAGUAUUGUUUGUUUGAUCUUGUAAGUUGCUUGCAAUUUCGAAUUGUUUCUCCUUGUUCUUUGUCAAUGUCGAGUUACUGAGAAUGGUAAAGGGGCAUUAUUUUCAAGUUAGACAAGGUCUAACUUUUUGUAGAAUCAGGGAUAAACCAUAUUCAGGCUAGAACAUUUCUGCUAAUAAAAUAUAUGAGCUUUAAUUCCUCUUUUCACAUUGCCCUGUUUUAUGGAGUUUGUGAGAUUUGCAUUGACUGGUCCAAUCAAUUUGCAUUGAUUCAUUCCCUAUCCCAGACAGUUCCAUCUUUCUGUUUCUGUUUCCGUUUUAUGGCUUUAAGGGUUUCCCCUCUCUGCAACUUGCAUCUCAUUCCAUAUUUUCGGACUUCUUGAAUACAUUUUUCCAAUUUGUGUAUCGGAUCCUUGAAUUUCUUUAAACAUCUGAUCACAUGAAGGUCU